GCUCCACGGUGCUCCCCGGUACCGGUGCUCCAGGGCUGGUUCUCCCCGAUAUCGGCGCUCCACGGUGCUCUCCGGUACCGGUGCUCCGGGGCCGCCGAUCCCCGGUACCGGAGCCCCCCUGGUGUUCCUUGGUACCGGUGCUCCGGGGCCGCCGAUUCCCGGUACCGGCGGUCCCCGGUACCCCGGAGCCGCCGAUCCCCGGUACCGGCGCUCCCCGGUGCUCCGGUACCGGCGCUCCCCGGUGCCGCUGCGGCUCGCCCCGCCAUGCCCCCCCGGGCCCCGGCUCCGCGUUCCCGGUGCAGCAGCACCCACCGCUGCCGUUACCGCUCGCCGCCGCCGCGCCCGCGGCUUUGAGCGCCGCCGCCGCCGGGAGACCGCGCCCGCCCCGCUUCCAAGAUGCUCCGCCAAGGGGGGUUUGCGGAGCUGCUGCUGGUGCUGCUGGGGCUGAAGGUGCCCGGCACCCUGGGCUGCCCCACCGACUGCGUCUGCUACCCGUCCCCGAUGACUGUCAGCUGCCAGGCUCACAACUUCGUCACCAUCCCCGAGGGCAUCCCCGAGGACAGCGAGAGGAUCUUUCUCCAGAACAACCAGAUCACCUUGCUGCUGCGGGGCCACUUCAGCCCUUCCAUGGUCACCCUCUGGAUCUACUCCAACAACAUCACCUUCAUCGACCCCAACACCUUUGAUGGGUUCGUCAACUUGGAAGAGUUGGAUCUGGGGGAUAACCGCUACCUAAGGGCUUUAGCUGCAGACACCUUCCAAGGGCUGGUGAAACUCCACGCCUUGUAUCUGUACAAGUGUGGGCUGAGCUCCCUCCCCAGCGGGAUAUUCGGUGGUCUCCACAACCUGCAAUACCUUUACCUGCAAGACAACCACAUCGAGUUCCUUCAGGAUGAUAUUUUUGUUGACUUGGUUAACCUCAGCCAUCUUUUUCUCCAUGGAAACAAGCUCUGGAGCCUCCAUCAGAACACGUUCAGAGGACUAAUAAACCUGGAUCGGCUGCUCAUCCAUCAAAAUCAGCUGCAGUGGAUUCACAGGCGGGCUUUUCACGACCUCCGAAGAUUGACCACCCUUUUCCUGUUCAAUAACAGCCUCUCGGAGCUGCAGGGGGACUGCCUGGCCCACCUGGGAGCCCUGGAGUUUCUCAGGCUGAACGGGAACCCCUGGAGCUGCGACUGCAAAGCCCGUUCGCUCUGGGAAUGGCUGCACAGGUUCAGAGGCUCCAGCUCCAGCGUCAUCUGCGAGUCCCCUGAGCAGAUGCACGGCAAGGACCUCAAGGUGCUAAGAGCAGAAGACUUUAGGAACUGUUCGGGGUCCGAGUCGCUCCAUCAGAUUAAAACACAUACUUUCUCCACAGCAGACAGAGGAGCCUCCAAAAGCCACCACCCUCACCAGUCCUCCAAGGAGAAGGGGAAGGAGAGAGGGGCCGAGAACAGUUUGCACAGCAGCCAACCCGCUGCCCCUCCCGGCUCCCGGCCGGGCUAUCGCAAACCCGGCAAGAACUGCACCAGCCACAAAAGCCGUAACCGAACCUCUAAACCGGUGUCCUUGGGACCGCGGAAAAACGGGCAUGAGGUUCCAGACUAUGUGCCUGAUUAUCAGCACAAAUUCAGUUUCGGGGCGAUGCCGACGCUGCCCCCCAGGCGCAAGGGUAAGUGUACCCGGCGGACGCCCAUCCGCGCGCCCAGCGGGGUGCAGCAGGCGGCCGGCUGCGCGGGGCUCCGGGCGUCACUCCUGGUGUUUAUGAUGGUGUUAGCGGCCGUCAUACGCUGAGCCCUCGGCUGCAGACGGAGCGAAGCUGUACUGCCAACAAUCUACAAAGGACCAGAGUUUCUUUUCUUCUUCUUUUUUUGUACGUGGAGAGCGUUGGCCUGGCGAAGGGAAGAACGUUGUCUCGGCUUCUGAUGGUCUCUCCGUGCCCGGCCGGGCUGCCAACGUGGACUGUGCCGAACGCAGCGGAAGCGGAUUAAAAGGCAUUAUCACACCUUGUCACAAACAGCCUAACCGAGCACCUACAACAACAACAAAAAAAAGCCAACCUUACGAAAACCCAGAUAACGGGGAUGGUAGCCAAUUCGUUGGUGACAACAACGAGACAAACGGACUGUAUCCACGCUCUUGGGAAAUUCCAUUCAUUUGAGAGCGCUCUGAACGACCCCUCCAAUUACCGAAAGGAACAUAAUUGCUGUAAAAAUGAUCACCAAUUAAGCCUACACUAUUGCGCUGAAAGUGAGUGCAAGGACACUGAUAUCGAUGUAACAAGGACAUUGGUUCUCCCACGUUUUAGCCCUUUUGGCUCCAAACCCAGAGGCCAACGUUGGCUGGGAAUCUCUUAGAAGACAAUCUCAAACCCCUGAAUAUCUCAGGCAUUACAGCAGAACAGGGCUUGCCUGCUGGGCUUGGAGUAGCCAACAACCAAAGGAAAGACUGAUUAGAGGUGGAACUAAAACCCAACAACAACAAACCCAACACUGAAAGAAUUGAGGUACCCACAGGAGGUGCGUUUUUUUUUGUAACCAUGUUCACACACCUGAAAAAAAACAACCCAACAAAUGCACAGGCUCCCCCGCUUCCCCUCAAUUAUCCAUAUGUAUGUCUUACAAUGUUUAUAAACUAUACGGAAACUAUAUCUGCAGAACUAAGGAUUGUAUUGUUGAAUUUAUAGCAGCAGACCAGUACAUGAUAUUUUUUUUUUUUCUCAAGAAAACAAACCGGCAGCGGUGCCUACAGAUGCUGAAGCCAUCGGGCGGGCUCAGUACGCGCGGGGGAACCACAGCGGACCAAUGUUCUCAGCAAUUCAGAGCACUAAACUUUGGGAGGGGAGGGGGGGAUUGGUUGUAUGUGAUGCAGCAAAGUCCAUAUCCAGAAAGCCAAACCUCACUCUUUACGUUCUAAUUUGUAACCAGGGCGGGAGAGAGAGAGAAAGAAAGAGAGAUGAAUGAGUCCAAAAAAAAAUCUAGCCAUAAGAGCUCUGUCUUCGGAGAGAGCGCUGCGAGGCCCCGGGGAGCAAAGGGGCUUUUGGGGGGCUGGAGGCAGAGAGGGGCUUCCCAGCCGCUCCGGUGGCGUGAGGACCUUUAUAGCUGGACUAAGGUUUUCACUGGGACAGCAAGAAGCAGUUCCGAGGCUGCAGACAGUCCUGAUGGCAUCAGGAGAGGGUUUGUUUCUUAAAAGGAACAGGUUGUGUCCCGGGAGGAGUCAGAGAAGGGGGAAAUGACAGCUCAUGGGGGACUGGUGAGAAGCGCAGUGCCCGGGGUUUCUGGUCCGCCAGGGGAGAGAAAAAUAAACGGUCCAAGACAGCCAUAAGGGGGAUGGCCAGGUGGAGGAGAGGGAACAGGUCCGCUUGUUCCCGAAUUAAACCCCACAGCGGAGCGAUGCGUUUGCUGGUCAGGGCACGGCAGAGCCGGCGGCAUCACCGACGGCAGCCCACGGGCUCGGGGAGGCGUUGCCCACAUCCUGCAGCCAGUGUGAAUUCCCUGUCAGCGUGGAGACGUGAGACCAAACAGCCACUGAAGCUCAUGAAACAAGGGAAAUAAAAGUGAUCUUGGACAAGAAAAGGCUGCUUUUCAUUUCGUAACCACUUCCCCGCGGCGGUGGCAGGACGUUUCUAGCCCAUAGGUCACGUGUGGGGCUGGAAAGCCCAAAGGUGAUGGCUUGUGUUUUCCAUCCGACACACCACCAGGUUCAGGAAUAAAAGGCCAGCUCAGGAAAUCCACUCUCCCAACCACUCUAGGGAUGGGGAGAGGGUACUCCGGCAGCAGGGAAUCCCCUGUGGAACAGAAAAGGGAAGCUCCCAAGCCAAAAAAAAAAAGAAAAAGAGAAGCAGUAGAUUCCAUGGUGUGCUUAUUUCUAAGAGUGAUGGGUGCUGGAAGCAGACGGCUGCAGGGCCAGGUGUUUCCCACCCAUCUCAGGAGCGAUAAGGGGCAGAGGCUUUGAUGCUUCACCUUUAAAUACCUGUCUUGGGGGAACAGCAGGAGUAACUCCAGGAGGAGAAAGGAAGAGGUUACUUCAUCAAACCUUCUCCCUUCCAGCUCCUGUCCAAACUUUUCUGCCUACAGGCCUCUAAAGCUCCACUAAAGGGAUGUCCAAUGCAGCCAGAACAAAUAAUCCGUGAUCUGAAAUAGCUCCCUCACGUCCUACUCUCUAUAACCAAUAGCAACUGAACGAGCCUGGCACUGUCCCUUAGAAGUGGAGAAUGUUGUUAUGCUGGUUAUUUCGUUUCAUACUCUGGAAAUCAAAGCUCUCAGUGGGAGAAUGAAGAAGAGAAGCACUUUAUUAAUUUUUUUUAAGUCUGUGUGUAACUCCUGUGAUAUAGGAGUAAAAUGUCAGCACAGGAGAUGCUAAUGUUUUAUAAAUGAUUUGGGUGCAGCAGGCACGAUGGAUAGUCUUUGAGAUGAAUUAUAUUAGAACAGACUACGCCUGGCUCAAAACCAUAAUUGUAUUUUUAGUAUCUCUUCCUUUAACAUGUAGGAAAAAUAAAGGCAACUCCAUGGUGUAUUACAA